AUGUCUCGACAAUAUUCAAAUCAUUCAUUUAUUCCAUCCCAUCAUCAUGAUCAUGUAUCAUCAGAUAAUUCAUCUACACGACGAUUUCGUCCAUUGAUACAAAAUAAUUUUUCUUAUUUUGAAUAUCCAUCUCAACGACAUACUUUUGAAUCGAAUCGAGAAAUAAAUACUUCAACAUUACCUUUGAAUCGUAUACAAAAUGUAGCAACAACGUCAGCAUAUGUUCCACUUUAUCAUUUUGAAAAUCAUAAUGAAAUAAUAUUACGAUCAUCUUAUCAUAGUAAUCAUACAAAACGUCAACGACGACCAUCAACUGUUGGUAUAUCAAAUUCUCAAACAAAUCAACAUCAUCAUGAGCGAAAGCGUUCAAGAAAUGAUGAAAAUAGUCGACAACAACAAAAUCGAUCAUUUAUAAAUCAUGGAUCUACACAAAUACAACAAACUAAUCCUACAACUCGCUAUAUUCCUUCUUUUUCUCGGUCAUUUCAUUAUGGAUCACAUAAUCAUUCACCUCAACAUCGAAAUGGAAUGACAUUUGCAUUAACAUCAUAUCGUGCUCCAUUUUUCCAUCCAACAUCAAUGGCUACUUAUGUACACCAACGACCUUCACCUUCUUUUCUUCUUACUAAUUCAUUUCAUCAUGUUGUUGAUACACAUAUAACAUCAUUUGAUUUGAUUGCUUAUGUAUGGAUGUCUCCUAGUCAUGAAAUAUUUUCUUUACCAACUUCAUUUAGUAUUCAGUUUGGUGAGUUUUUUGAUUUGAUUAUUCCUGAUGAAACACCAAUGGUUGGUUUAACAGAAAAUGAACUUGAAAGAAUACCGACAAUGAUUUAUGAAAAAAUUUGUAAAAAUAUCAAAGAUGAUGAUAAAUGUGCUAUAUGUUUAAAUGAAUAUAUAACUGAUGAAAAACUUAAACGUUUACGAUGUAAACAUUAUUUUCAUAGUGAAUGUAUUGAUCCAUGGCUUAUGACAUCAACUCGAUGUCCGAUCUGUCGAGGUGAACAAACAAAUUAA